AUGGAAUAUUCAGCCGACAAAUUUUCUACAUCACUAGAAUCUGAAGGUCCAUCGAUGGGCACAUGUCGUGUAAAGUUCUUUAUCGGAGACAUGGCUCUUAGGGUCUCACUAUUUGCAGCAACAGUCAUUGGAGUUGUUUUCAUGGUGACCAGCAAGCAGACAGAGCUUGUGGCCGUUCCAGGAGCUCCGGUGGGAGUGAAGAUUCCACUUACAGCAAAGUUUAAUCAAGAGCCGGCCUUUGUAUAUCUCGUGAUAGCUUUAUCGAUUGCUUGUUUAUACAGUAUCAUAAAUACAGUUGUGAUGUUUUUGAAGAUUUUCAAGCCUACGUUCUCAAAACUUUUUUUACUACAUUUUGCAUUGUUGGAAUUGUUGAUUUUUGGGGUGGCAGUUUCAGCAACAGGAGCUGCCGGUGCCGUGGGAUAUGUUGGAUGGAAGGGGGAUGGUUAUGUUGGAUGGUCAAAAGUAUGCCCUAUUUAUGACAAGUUUUGUGGUCAUGCAGUAAAAUCCAUCGCUAUGUCACUUCUUGCGGCCGUUAUUCUUGUUUUACUCAACAUACAAUCCAUAUUCUCUCUACACAAACAGGCUUAUGAUUAA